UACAUGGAAACACAAAACAAAACAGUCGUUUUAGAGUUCAUCCUCCUUGGACUUUCUGGCGAUACAGAACUGCAGUCCAUCAUAUUUGGCCUUUUUUUGACCAUGUAUCUGGUCACUAUUCUUGGGAACCUGUUCAUCAUCCUUGCUGUCAGUUCUGACUACCAUCUCCACACUCCUAUGUACUUCUUCCUCUCCAAUCUGUCCCUGGUUGACAUCUGUUUCAGCAGCACUGUAGUUCCGAAGAUGCUGGUGAACAUCCAGACACAGAAUAAAGCCAUCUCCUACAGGGAGUGCCUCACCCAAGUCUACUUCUCCAUGAUUUUUCCUACUCUGGACACUCUCCUUCUGACUGUCAUGGCCUAUGACCGGUAUGUGGCCAUUUGUCACCCGCUGCGCUAUACAAUCAUCAUGAACCCCCAAGUAUGUGGCUUGUUGAUGUUAAUUUCUUGGUUCACUGGUAUCAUGAUUGGUGUCCUACAUAUUUCUUUAAUUCCGCGCCUAACCUUCUGCAAAGAUGCUGAAAUUCAACAUUUCUUUUGUGAACUAACAAAGAUUCUCAACUUGGCCUGCUCGGAUACUUUCCUGCAGAACACAUUGAUAUAUUUCCUGACUAGUGUGCUAGGAGUUUUCCCCCUCGUUGGUAUCCUUUUCUCUUACUCACGAAUUGUUUCAUCCGUCCGUAAGAUGUCCUCAUCUGGUGGAAGGCAGAAGGCAUUUUCCACCUGUGGGUCUCACCUCUGCGUAGUUUCUUUAUUUUAUGGCUCAGGCGUUGGUAUUCACUUCACGUCUGCUGUGACUCACUCCCCCGAGAAGGUCUCAACUGCCUCAGUGGUAUACACCGUGAUCACCCCCAUGCUGAACCCUUUCAUCUACACCCUGAGGAACAAGGAUGUCAAGGGGGCCUUGGGAAGACUCCUAAGCAAAGUGUCUUCUUGUCUGUGA